CACACACACACACACACGCAUCCAUACAUAUAUGUAUAUACCCCUCAAAGCAUCGGAAUUCCUACUGGCAGCCCAUCUCUCUCUCCUUAUUCAUACCUCCCUCCUAUCCGGACAUAUAUCCGGCCUCUUAUCUUUCGCUUCCAUCCCUUCUUCCUCUUCCCCUUCCAUUCCCUUUUCUUACUUAUUCUCGCUCUCCCUUGCAGAACCGCCAAGACCUUCCGACGCGGGCCUCCCCUCCACCCUGGCACUACUGGAGCACUGGCACUGUGCCAUCGCCACGUUAGUGAAGAGAAUGUCUUGGACCAGACUGAUCAAGAAGUAGACGUGAACCUACAUUUUCUUCCCCGGGAUGCUGCAGCCCUGGAUCAGAAUUACAAAUGUGAUAUAUUAUAAUGGACAUUUUUGUUAUAGGUCUUAGAAGGGAAAUACUUCAGUGAUCUGAAAAUUAGAAUGUUUUUUUUCUUUAUGUAAAUCUUACUUAAAUUGUCAAAUUAUAAAGGCUUAGGAGAACAUACAAGUUAUAUUGUUGCCGGCGCAGUUGUAUGGACUGAUUGCAACAACUGAACCGAGUGUGUUUAGUCCCUCUCCGGCAGGAUCAUUAAAACUUCAAAGGCAGUAUGAUUUAACUGAAAGUUCCAUUUGUUCGGUUGGGGAGCCCUCGAGAGAACUGAUAAAAGCAAUAGAAAGAAGCUUAGUAUCAACGAAGUUAUCUGGGAGCUCUGAUAGUAGUUUGGCAGCGUUAUCUCGGACUGAGUGCGUUGUUCUGCUCGAAUGGGGUGGAGAAGCUAGUGGAAGGAUGCGGCGCUGAUGUGGGCGGUAUGAACCUGUCCGCCACGCCCACCCGUGGAGGCCGCCCACACCUAAACGUACCAUGAGCACACAUCAGGGCUCUCGCAGCUCUUUCUAUCAGCCCAGGACGCGCACGGCCUUGGUGUGGGCGUGUGUGUGGGUGUGGGCGUGGAUGGGUGUCGGGGUGUGGGGCGGCUGUCCCAAAGUGUGUGAGUGCAAGUGGCGUGACGGCAAGGAGGUGGUAGCCUGCCGGAACGCUCACUUCAUCGACAUCCCGCGCGGACUGGACCCCUCGACGCAGGUCCUCGAUCUACGCCACAACAACCUAAGGAUCCUCCCGCGGGACUCCUUCGUCUACACGGGCCUUGUCAACCUGCAAAAGGUCUGGCUCAGCUUCUGCAACCUGAAGCGGCUGGAGAAGGGCGCCUUCCGGAUGCUCGCCAACGUGGUCGAACUUGAUCUCAGCAACAACCUUCUCCAGAGCGUUCCCACCGCCGCCCUCACGGACAUGGGCGGUUUGCGCCAUCUCAUCCUCUCCUACAACAAACUCACCACCAUCCCCAAGCUGGCGUUUGCUCCCACAGCCGAGCUGGUCAACCUGGACCUCAGCCACAACAACCUCACGCGACUCGAGGGAGGCGCACUGCAGAACCUGGUGUCGCUCGAGGUCCUCGACUUGUCCAGCAACAAGCUUGUCACUCUGGACGCGCAGGACCUGAUGCCGCUGGCCAUGCUGCGCGUGCUGCACCUGGACGGCAACCCCUGGCACUGCGACUGUCUCCUGCGGCCGCUCAGGAACUGGAUGCUGGACCGCAACUUGGCCCCGACGGUUCCCCCGACGUGCACGGAGCCGAUGUGGCUCGAGGGCGGAGAUUGGCUCAUCCUGGACGACGAGGACUUCGUGUGUGCGCCGCAGGUCACUGCCCUGGCGCCGAGGGUCCUCGCGGCUGAGGGCGAGAACGUGUCCCUGGCGUGUCGCGUCGAGUCGGAGGUGGAGACGACCAUAACAUGGGUUAUAGGGGAGAGCCAGCUGUACAACGCCAGCGAGUCCCAGCGGUACUCUCUGUUGGAGUUCCUGACGCCCUUUUAUACAUCGAGGAUUUCGAACCUGACCAUCAUGGACGUGACCCCCCUGGAUCAGGGUCAGUACCGGUGCGUGGCGGAGAACAGGGCGGGGCGCAGGGAGGUCAAUCUGACGCUCCAGGUGUCCCACGAGGUUGCCGAGGUGAGAGUCGCUAACAUAGAUAAUAAUUACAUGAAGGGAGGCCUCUUAGGCGGGAUUUGUAUUCUAGUGGUCGUCUUGCUCAUCGUGUGUAGUCUUAUAUACUGUAAAGUGCGAAGCGGACGGCAGCCAGAGGAGGAAAUCGACAAGACGGUGGCAGCUCACUCGUCCAGGGCUACGACGGCGGACGAGCACAAACUCGCUGGCUACCACAUCGUCCCGACGAACGAACUCGAGGUGUCUCCGCGUCGACCACAACAAAGACAAUCCUGGAGGCACAGAGACAUAUCUAUGGAGGACUUCUCCAGCAGAGUCCUGGAGAAAGGCGAAAGUCCUGUCCUGCAGCAGGAACCUGUCCAGGGGCCAAGCGUUCCUACCACGGCUCCCAGCAAUGUGUCCUACGUCGACAUAGCCAAAACUGACGCCGGAGGAGCCCAGAUGAACCCCGACGAAAGGACGAGGUGGAGGGACCUCUCCGACCACCAAAAGGACGUGAUCCUGCACAGGAUGUGUCACCGCGUAGCAUCGCAAGCGUCCGUGGGAAGUAGCAACGGCCAGUAUCCUGAUCUGCUGGAUCUGCCGCAGCCGCAAGUCGGGCAGUUGCCUCUUCAGGACAUGCACCAAUACGGGGGCAGUCUGCCUCUUCACAGUCUCAACCCGUCCUUCUGCACUAUGCCCAGAACGCGGGCACGGGCGUACCAGGAGACGGGCACUAGUCGGGAGGGAGGAGCCACACAAGGUAAUGCCUCUCAGCCCCACGCCCACAACGCCCACGAUCGCCAACAAGCUGCUGGUUACAGAUCCUCCAGCGCUCUCAACCUGGCCCUCAGUGAGGCCGCCUCGCAAGCCUACGCCCACGGCCAGAUGCCAGUCAGAGGCCACCCUUUCCUGCCCCCUGUGCCCAUGCUAGAGGCCUACGACCCGCAGGCCAUGCACGAACUCAUCGCAACGCACAGGAGUCAGUGCGGCGCAGGCUGUGGCCAGAUGGAGGGCACAGACCCCUACCGCUUCGAGUAUCAUGCCGCUCAGCUCGAGAAAUUUUUACAAGAAUAUCGUUGUCUUCAAGAACAACUUUUCCAUAUGAAACAGUCCUACCAAGCACAGCAGCGUUCUGGCUCUGCUCCUAGGCUGGAUUGCUGUUCAGAGGCCUACUCUCCGCACCACCCCCCGCCCCCUGUAACCCACCAUGCGCCCCCAGUCACCGUGCCCCUGCCCGUCUCGUGUGCUUCCCAUACCGCCCCCGGCCCCGCCCACCCCUCCUCUCCGCCGCCCUCCCGCCCGCGAUGA